GAGGAGGAGGAUGGGUCAUUGCUGAUGCUGAUGCGAGAGCUUUCACUGUGAUCAACAUCGGAGGACUGAUGGAGCUCCUUAUCCCGGUUUCACCCCUCCUCUGCUUCGCGAUGGCAUCCAGAGAGAGACGCUAAGAGAGCCGCGGGCAGCUGGCUUCGUCUGUGGACAUUUUCGGGGAGGACGGGGACAGAUCUGGGAUCUUUUUUGAGGAGGAAACGGUCGGUUUCGUCUCGUCUGUCUGGCCUGUUUUCUGGACUGACACAGGUGGAUCGCAGCUGGAAAAAAAAAAACAAAAAACAUCACGAUCGACAUUAAGACUUGACGCAGCUUUCGUCUGCUCGUUUUCCCCAGCGAUCACCGGAUACCGAAGCAAAGCGUCUGGAUUCGUGAUACCGACGGGAGGCGGAUAAAUCCCGUGUUAGCGAGCUAAUAGGCUAAUUCCGCUAGCUAGUCGGCUAGCAGCCCGCCGGACCAAUGGCACGGAAGAAGUGGGAUGCUCGAAGGAGGAGUUACCGCUAGUUGCUGGCUUAAAUCCGUGUGAGGAAAGACGCCUCGUCUUACAUGUGUCUGUCCGCCUCCGGACGCCUCUGGCCGGGGUUGUUUCGGGGUUUAGUCGCGCUGUUUUAACACCUCCGUCUCUCGACGCGCCCUCCGCUCCGCUCCGCCGCUAAUGGACCAGAUUAGUAUAAUCGGCUAAAGAGAGCUAAUGUUGUCAAACAUUCGUGACUUUUAAUAGGUUAUUUAUAGACAGGGGAAAGGCUGCUGCAGGUGUUUGGCUAGUUGUGCUCUUUUUCUCGACAGCUUCCAGGCAUGUCGAGUGUGAAUGUGCCGAAGCCGAAACGUUUGGUAACAACCCGGAGUGAACCUGCCAUGACAGGAAGGGCCAUAGUGAGUCCAGCACAUCUCUCUCCAAACCCAUCUCUCUCAGCCUAACUGACCCUUUCACAGCCACUUUAACUUUAUCUGUCCCACACUAUGGCUUUUACGUUCACUGUAAUCCGCAUUGUUGAAGUUUAAGAUGUUUGUAAGAACUCCGCACUGUCGCUUUUAAUGAAGUCAUGGCAUUAAAAUGUAAGAUCUGGAUCCAGACAACAGCAGUGAGAUAAAUAAAACCUCAGCAGCUUUCACGAACUUCACAAAGAGGAGGACUUAAUGGAGCCCACCGUGUUGUCCGGCCCUCUGGGGCUCACACAGACAUUUCCUCUUGGGUUUCAAACACUGGAUCCGGACAAUGGGACUGUGCUCUGCCAGAGUGGCCAGACAGGUUUGGAUUUCAGAAACGGUGAUCAGCAGGACCACACCUCCCAGCAAAACCUGGAUAAAAGUGUUUUUGUGGACAAAUCAGAGGAGUUGGACAGUCUUAUAGAUGUUUCCAUGUUUUCUUGUGGGGAUCUGAAGGACAUCCAGGAAUUAUCUUGCACAGACAAAAUCAACGGACUUGAUGAAAUCAGUGACAGUGCUUUGUCGUGGCUGUUUUCUCCCAACUUCCCAGAUGUGAUUGGGAAAGACUCGGCCUGUAAUGAGGCGUCUCUCACACAGGACUCCUCUCUAGAGAGCUCAGCGCAGCUGAUAAGCCUCAGUGUGCCAUCUUCCCCAGUAAAGAUUUCCAAGGAAAUUGAAAUCAACGCAGGUGAUACAUUUUUGUUGGAUCUGUUUUCAAACGAACAGUCUUCAGGUGAGUUGAGUCCACAGGGUGUCAGUGAGGAGCUGGGAGAACAGUCACAUGAGGAGCGGGUGGGCCUCCCUGUGACUGAGUCACCUGAAACCCGAGACAAAGGUUUAUUCCCCGAUCAAGUGACCGAUCCACCUGAUAGCGCUACGCUUCAAAGUUUACCUGAGAACUGCCUCCCACUUCACAUCAGCUCAUCACUGGAGUGUUCUGAAGGAUCCGUGCCUUUGUUGGACUUACAGGUUCCAGAUACUGACAGCUGUCUGAGCCUUUGCCCUGCCAGUCCUGCCUCUGUUGCCUGCACAGGAACGCUGUCCGAUACACCAGGAGAGGAGUCGGAGGUGCUGCAAGCAGAAGCUACUGCAAUUACGAAUCCGACUCCUGAGAAUCAAGGUGAGAAUAACUCACUGGCGCCGGGUCUGUCUGACGAGCCCUCGCCGCUGACACUGCCUCUGGCUGACGAUGGCCUCACUGGAGACGAUCCCACCAGUGAGACGAACUCAGAGGAGGAUGGGGCAAAGAAUUUGAUGGAAGACACCGAAAGUCAGGAAAGUAAAGACAUGGCUUUGGAUUUGUGCUUGACUGUUGAAGAGGUCCACGAUGAGGACCCCUGGGACCUGAAACCACAGGAGGAAAGCGUUCCUGAUCCCUCAGCUGAGCAGCUUGGGGAGGAGACGAGCCAGCCUGAAGGUCCCGAAUGCCACCAGGUUCCUUCUUUUGAAUUUUCAGUUCAGGAUGUAAACAGGUCUUCUCCUGAGGCGGGAUGGACUAGUGAGCAGGCUGUGGAGACCAUUUCCCUCUCUAAGAUGGUGGUAGAUGACUCACUGCCGAUGGUCUCGGCUGUGAGGACGAGGGAGGAAGAUGUCUCCCCGCUGAAAGCCGUCUUCGACGCUUUGGACCAGGACGGGGAUGGAUUUGUUCGCAUUGAGGAGUUUAUGGAGUUUGCUGCCGCUUAUGGGGCCGAUCAGGUGAAGGAUCUGACCAAGUUUUUAGACCCCAGUGGCCUCGGCGUCAUCAGCUUUGAAGACUUCCAUCGUGGAAUCUCUGCAAUCAGUAAUGGAGGCCCGGAGCCGCAGCUCUACAGCGUGGGCUACAGUCCGGGCGACGGAGCUGUGAGCUGCCCAGAGGAGUACGAUGAGCAAAAUGAGGUGACGGACAGCGCCUACCUGGGCUCGGAGAGCACCUACAGUGAGUGCGAGACUUUCACCGAUGAGGACACGGGCGCCCUCGUGCCCCCUGAGAUGCACGAGGAUGUGGAGACGGACAGCGGCAUCGAGGCAACGCUCCACGACGCCGAGGACGGAGGAAACAGGUUUUCCCUGAACUCUGAGCACCACGGCCACUCGCUGGUGACGGUCCUGGGCGGAGAGGAGGAGCACUUCGAGGACUUCGGGGAGAGCAACACGUCGGAGCUGCUGCUGGAGAGCGGCGUGGAUGUGGCCGACGGCGAGGCGGACGCUUCGGUCGCCAAGCCCCCCGAGGAGCUGGAUGGCUCGUCCCUGCUCUCCCCCAGCGCGACCGCUUCUCUCCCUGACUGCUUUCAGAGCUUCCUCAGGGAGGAGGCGCUGGACUUUUUCUGUAGCCAGUGUCACAAACAGAUAAGUCGCCUGGAGGACCUCUCCACCCGCCUCAAUUUCCUAGAGAUGACUAGCGCCGGCAAGAGGCUGUCCAGCAAGAAAGUAGCGAGACACCUCCUCCAGAACAGCUCCAUGACUCUGGACACCAUGAGCGACUUGACGCGGGACAUCCUGGAGCUCGCCGACAACGACAUCACAGACAAGGUGCUCCUCCUGGAGCGCCGAGUGGCCGAGCUGGAGAAGGAGUCGGAGGCGUCCGGCGAGCAGCACGCGCGGCUGCGGCAGGAGAACCUGCAGCUGGUGCACCGGGCCAACGCCCUGGAGGAGCAGCUGAAGGAGCAGGAGCUGCACGCCGACGAGCAGAUCCAGCAGGAGGCCCGCCGCCACAAGGAGGCGCUGAGCAAGCUGGAGCGGGAGCGCGGCCUGGAGCUGGAGAACCUGCAGGCCCGGCUGCAGCAGCUGGAUGAGGAGAACAGCGAGCUGCGGUCCUGCGUUCCCUGCCUCCGAGCCAACAUCGAAAGACUAGAGGAGGAGAAGCGGAAACUCCAGGACGAGACGGAUUCCAUGUCCGACCGGCUCCAGGAAGAGACGGAGUCCCGCAGGAAGAUGGCCGACAAGCUGAACCACGAGCGCCACCAGAGCCAGAAAGACAAGGAGUGCACUCAGGAGCUCAUCGAAGACCUGCGGAAACAGCUGGAGCACCUGCAGCUGUACAAGCUGGAGGCCGAGGCCAAGCGAGGCCGGACGCCGGGCGCCGGGCUGCAGGAGUAUCAGACCCGCACCCGAGAGGCCGAGCUGGAGCAGGAGAUCAAACGGCUCAAACAGGAUAACCGGACUCUGAAGGAGCAGAAUGACGAGCUGAACGGGCAGAUCAUCAACCUGAGCAUCCAGGGAGCCAAGAACCUGAUGUCGGCCUCCUUCUCCGACUCCCUGGCGGCUGAAAUCAACUCCGUGUCUCGUGCCGAGCUGAUGGAGGCCGUUCACAAGCAGGAGGAGAUCAACUACCGACUCCAGGACUACAUCGACAAGAUCAUCGUGGCCAUCAUGGAGUCCAACCCCUCCAUCCUGGAGGUCAAGUAGACGGCCGCACGGCCGCCAGCAGCCGCUCCGCCGGCCUUAGGGAAUAUCAGAGACACCGUUCAGAGAAAACAUCCACCAGGGGGCCGGAAAAUCACCGGACAUGUUUGGUAGAAGAGAAACACUGCAAUCAACCCCCACAGCUCCCCGAAGACGAAGAUGAAGAAGAAGAAGAAGCUCACAUAUUUUGUCAGUGAAAAAAAACAGCUGCUUUUCAGUAGAACCCCCCCUCCCCCCCUCACCGUCGUGCGUGUUGUUUGUGCGUGUCUGUCCUGAACCGACUCGGGUUCUGGUGACCUCCAUGUACGUGGCUAGAGGGACCUGAGCGCGGCCCGCAGAGCGAGUGUGGAACCUUCACCCCGAGUAGGGAAUCCUCCUCCCCCCCCCUUUGUAAGAACAACCAAGUGUCAACGUUUGAUUGAGCUAAAGGACGAUCAGACCGUUCUACCUAGAAGCCUUAAAAGGAAGGUGAUCAAAGUGUUGAAUCAUUUCUGCCUCAGUCCGCUGCUGCUGGUGGCGCGUGGGCCGGACUCCCCCUGAACCACGCUGAGCCGCGUUCUGAUCACAAACCGUAUGAAGCCGUGGUUCAAGGCGGGUCGACUUCCUCUCUCGCUGCGUGUGUGUGUGUGUGUGUUUUGUCCUUUUGCGUCUCCGGCUGUCUUUCCAGUGAACCCGAGUGAGGGACGCUUCAGACGCCAGGCGCCCGGAGGGUCCUCGUUUCUGCGUGCGUGUGAAACGUUUGACAUUCCCACUCUGCGUUUGCUGAACGGAGCGACUCGCUCAUCCUCACUCAGCUUCAAAAUGAAGGCGGCGGGCGGUUUAUGAUUCGCUUCUUUUUUUUUAAUUAUUAUUAUUUUUACGAUGAAACAGGGUCCUGGAGCUCAGGUGGGCUGGAAACCUCAAGUGGGAAUUUCCCUCCAAAUCCCCGGCACAAACCAUACACUAACUGAAAACUGGGGAAUGUGGAGAAAAAAAAAGAUCUCAAACUGGUGGAAUUCGACUCGUAAAGAAACUAAAAUCUGUCUCGGGAAAUGUGGUUUCAGCUGUAAGUACAGCCCACCUGCUGGCAAAGUUCUCUUGCUGAGUGAAAGUGAAAAAGAAGCUGAUUCAGGUUACAAACCUUCAUUUCUGCACAAAAAAAAUAUAGAGUAACUUCAGUACUGACAUGAUGAAGAAUCACAUGGUUGUACUUUGCACUACGUUUUGAUUUCGUUGUUUUUGUUAAUAGAAGAAAAAGAGUUUAUUGUGAAGUAUCAGAUUCUAGACGAAUAUUGGUUUCUCCAGACGGUGACCUUGGGAGUGGCCUGGGACUGAAUAUAACGCCAUAUCAGAUUGGCGAUGAUUAAAGAAUAUGAAAAUAUACUUUAAGGGUUAAAGUUUCGUUGACAUAUCCUUGAUUCUGCUGAGGUGGAAGAGGCUUGGUAGCAAUAACGCUCGGCGAGGAAGCAUCCACUGCGAAAACCGACUCUCCUUUCCUCUGCUUCCUGCUGGAAACCGUGAAGGCACUGAUCCCGCUCCCGUCGGUACUCUCUCCGCUCGUCUGGACGUUGGCGUGGGAUUUUUGUCCUCUCUGUCCGAUCAGCAUGGCGCUCUGCACCACAACACUAAGAAGAAAUCCUCCCUCCCCUCCCCUCCCCUCCCCCCUCCUCUCACUGCGUUUCUUCACCUGCCACUCUUCGGGGAACAAUGGCCUUUGGAUGUAAAUGACUUGUACAUGUAAAGUUUUUUCUACACUCAUACUAGAUUCUAGGUAUUUUUAUAGUGGGGGGGGGAGGGAAAGAAAAGAACUUUUUUUUUUUUCUCCUCGUCUUUAUGCUGAGAAACAGCUGCCUGUAUUCUUCUCUAGCAUGUAGCGUGUACAGUAUCUGUUGGGAGAGUUUCUGUUUCUUUUGUUGUUCUUCGGUUCUGAAAUCACAUGCGGAUAUUUAUUCAGCGACAGCUCACACACUCUGUGAUCAAACCGUUUGUACAUUGAAUUACUUUCCCGGCGGGAUGGAUCUGUGGGAGAUUCUGUUGAGUUCAGGGGGAAUUUGACGCGGGGGGUGAACGUGACCUUCUCGGAUUGGUCGUUUGUCGAGGUCGGCGCUCGCUCCCGCAGUGCUGACGUGGCUGUGACCUCUUCGGGGGGUUUUGGUUGCAGAGUCGGCGGUUUCUACUGUUAGUCUUCCCAGAUCGAGUCAGGUACUGCAUGGAAAAACACACAUUUCUUGUUGUAUAUUUCUUCUUUGAAUUUGACUGACAAAUCAUUUCCUCUGACGCCCGUCAGUGGAGUCGUAGGUCCGUGAGACCUUGUAAUGUUGACGUGGUGCCGAAAACCUCACCGACUGGUUUCCCCCUGAAAGAUUUACAACUCGAUUCCUCUCGACGAUAUUUUACUGCACUGUAUUAAUAUUUCACCGGUAGUUUGGUGGCAGCAGUAGGAUUAGACGGCGAACCACACAGCUUUUGUUAAUUGCACUUUAAGCAGAUCUCCGUUCUCCUGUAUUAACUCCCGCUUUUUCCCCAAACGACCAAAGAUAGACCGUUCAACCUAAACUGACUAUAUUAUCUAUCAGGGUGUGGAAUAAUCGCACUACUUUCAAGUCGUUUAAAACUAAUAAAAGAAACUGGCCUGCUAGUCUAAACACUGUGCCUCUGUGUCUCAAACUUUGCCUCUAAAAGGAACCUGACAUUGAGCCCUGGGGAACGCACUGACCACCCGACUGUCAGUUUGUUAAAUUAUAAUGGUGAAACUUCAGCUGUAAAUAUGAAUUGUCUUUUAUUCUUUUCUCUCUUUUUUUUUUUUUUUUUUUUUUGGUUGAAAAUUUUGUUUUCUCCUCUCACUCACUUCCAAUGUCCAAAGAAAGUUUGCUUCAUGGCUCAGACGUCACUACAGGAAGCGGUGCGUCGCUGGCCAGUUACAACUGACAUGGGAAGAUAUUAAAGAGAAUAUUGUAGAAAAAAGACUGUAAAACUUAAAGUUAUUCCUAUUUUCAAAGAUAAAUGUAUAAAUUAUACCAGUAUUGGUUUACAGCUGUAUAUUAUUUUUGAAGAUCCCCUAAAUGAUCUAAAGCUAAUUGUUACUGGGGAAAUAUAAUUCCAGUCAUUGUAUAAAGAGAAUUUUAAGGGUAAGCAGUGGCAGUAAGAUUAGAAAAUAAAUGGAAU